AUGGCCAAAAGUUUUGAUAGAAGUCUUCAGAUGCAUACAACGCAGUUUACACCUUUGAAAAAUCGAAAAAAUAGGCAGUUAUUAGCGAGGGAAGAUACCUUAAACCUAUCGCCUAUUUUGAACGAAACCUCUAUAUUCAAAAAUCUCAACGAUACCAGCCUAAGGCAAGUGCUUGAUGAAUCUUCAAUAAUAGUGAAUCCUGGAGUCUCUGCCGAAGGUUUAAGCGAAGCAUUCUUUGAAAUAAUACAGACGAGUCGCCCAAGUGAUGUCUUAGACACGCUAGCGAGGUUAGCACAAGUAUGUUGUGAUUCUCUGGAACUGGUCGAGCCAUGGAACAGGUAUAAUGCACAAAACUAUUGGCUGGCUGAAGAAGCUAACACAUGGAAACUGUUACAUUGUUUAUAUGCUGACUCUAUAACUGAACAUCCAGAAUCUUUAGACAAUUUGGUAACUGAGACUACAUUAUCUCAGCAAACCUUGGUGAAUGCUUUGUUUAGGAGUGACUCUGAAUUAAGAUUGCUGCAAGUGCUAGUUGAUUGGCUAGAAGCUACUGCAGCAUACCAAGAGGAAGCUACAAAGACUUCAGCUCCUAUAAUAAGCAAUAAUAUUCAUUGGGGAAACACUUUACAUCAAUUAUUACUUGGAAAUAGCUUGUUUAAUAAAGAGAAGAGCAAAGCAAUGGUUACUUGUAUGGAUCCUGAUGCACCAAGACGUCAAAAGAAAAUAAUACACUCAGAAGAUCAAAAGGAUGAUAAUGAUUUGUGCAAGCGCAUAUUUACUGAGGUUAGGUGUGGCAAGUUCAAAGAUGCCGUCUCCUUGUGUAUUAGUGCUGGGCAGGCAUGGAGAGGAGCUGUUCUGCAAGGGUGGAUAUUACUUCACUAUUUACCACAAGAAGAACCCAAUUCUGCUUUAGAAAUAAGCGGUAACCCAUCAAGAGAUUUGUGGAAAUGGUGUUCAUUGGGACUUGCUAAUAAUACAGCAGAGAACAUUCACUACAGAGCUACUGUUGGAGUUUUAUGUGGUCAUCUUGCCAGUACACUCCCAGCUUGUCAAGGUAGUUGGGAAGAUCUUCUCUGGGCUCAUCUAAGGGCACAAAUUGAGGCAAGAGUUGAUAAGUUUUUACAUGAGCAUCAUCUUACAGUUGAUGCUAGCACAACACCACCAGAUGUUUUAGAACUCUUACAGUCAGAGCUGCAGGUUGAUGAAUUGACAUUACAACAGAUUUUUAGUGCUGUAAAAGCUUUGAUGGAUGGUAAAAAAGAAUCUUUAUACCAAACUUGUCAGCGUCACCUUAUGCUUGGUCAUGUUCGAGCCAUCAUGCAGGAUUCUUUGCAAUGGAUUGACAGCUGUGAUGACAGGUUUAUUCGAUUUUUGGCACACCUUAUUCUAAUUUUAAGACAAAUGGGUAAAGAUCCACAACAUGAUAUCGGGGAUAAAAUUCUGGAGAAAUAUGUUACAGAACUUGUGAGUAAAUUAAUUGAUGGGUCUGUGGAAUGUCCCAAGCUCAUAGCAUAUUACACUUCUACUGUUCCUGUAGCCAGACAGACUGUACUGUAUGCGGAACUGAUGGAUCACAUCAGCAAAAGUGAAUACAGAGAGGGGGUUGUAAAAGCAGGGCUCAAUGCUGGCAUUGAUGUGGGUGCUUCUGCUAGAGUUGCUAUAAAAAAAGCAAUUGCAGAUAUUCAACAGGGAUAUGGUAAUCUAGAUUUGACUUUCACUCAAACUACAGCCGUUGAAAAGGAUAAGACCUUAAUUCAAAAAGUUAUAUCAUCUCUUGAAUGGUUAUCUCUUAUAUCAAAUCAAGUUGAAGAAGCCUUGUGGCUUAGUAAUGCUAUGAUUAGAACCUUCAUUUUUAUUGGUAAUACAGAUGCUGCUUUAGCUUGUGUUGUUAAUGUCAACAAGAUGUUCCCAGAUUUUCUAAAUAAAAUAUCUUCUAGCUCAGCGGAACUGAGAGAACAUCUAUGUUUGAAAGCCUAUUUGGAAGCAUUAGAAGGAUUUGCUACUUGGUACAGACAUUUUAUCAGUGGUCAACCUAAAGAUGUGGAACCACUUGCUCCAGAUGCAUCAUUUUCUGAUAAAGUGCAUCAUGAACAAAGAUGUGCUCAAGUGGAGCAACAAAAAUCUCGUUGGCUGAAUGCUGUACAACAUCAAGCAAGACACACAAAAAAUUUACUGUACAAUGUUUUACUGUUCCCUGGUGGAUGGCUUCAAGAUGAAAGUGAUAGUACUACUUCUGAAAAGUUCAACGAUGAUGAAAAGCAGGAAAGAAUUAAACAGUUGGAGACUUUGAGACGGCUUUGUAUUCCUGAAAUUGUCGUUCUGAUUUUAAAGAUUUUGCAAAGUACUGAGGACAUUGAAAGUCAUAAAGAAGCUUUGAAGUUAUGUGACCUCAUUGCUGCAGAAAACAGAUGUUUGUACAAGGUGUUUACUAAGAGCAAGAUGAUGGAAUUCUUGGACAGGAUUAAGGAAUCGUCACUAAUAUUAAUUGAAAAAGGAAGAGAUAUGUUUGGAUAUGAAAUAAUUGAAUAA